AUGGGGUCUGUCUCUAAAGUGUUCUCGGUAAUUCUCCGCCUCGGAGAAUUGGUGGGUGGUGUAAUUGUUUUGGCGUUGCUUGGCCGGUUCCUCUAUAUCGUGGGCGAGGCGAAUGUCUACGCCGACUCUCGUAUCAUUUACACGACCGUUGUUUCGUGCAUUGCCAUAGCUCUUUCUAUACUUUUCAUGCCUCCAUUCACCUGUUCUUUCAUGGCCUUCCCCAUCGAUUUUAUCUUGUUUACUUUAUUCUUGGUAGCAUUCUGUCUCCUGGAAACGCUCACUGGUACGGACACCUGUAAUGCGGUCUGGUAUUGGAGCUACUGGGGCUACCUUUGGGGCGGAUUCUGGAGGACUCCAGUUGUCGUCACUGGUCCUGGAGACAUUGGUUGGGCUGGAUGCGCAUCUUGGAGAACAGUCCUUGCCUUCACCUUUCUCUCAUCAAUGGCCUUUUUGUUCAGCUCGGUUCUGGUAGGAACAUUCCUUUUCACGUGUUCUCACUGUCCUGGGGAAUUGAGGCUGACCCAAGGUAGGGCGUGUGCGUUGUCAUGA